AUGCAGUACAAGACUUUCGCUGCUCUUGCCUUCGCCGCUACGGCUCUGGCUGCCCCUGCCGCAGAUUCCACUUCUGAUUACUCGGACUACUCCGAUAUCUAUGAUUCCUCCUAUAGCGAUGAUUCUUACGAUCUCGCCGAUAUUCCUUCCUCCAUCCUGACCGUCCUGGCAACUGCCAUCCCAGACUCAUGGUACAGCGACAUCAUGGAUCCUUCCUCCCGCGACUCCAUUGUUAGUGCCGCUGCCGCCGGUACCUACCCUGCUUGGUACAACUCCUUGCCUAGCAGCGUGAAGGCCUGGGCCACCUCCAACUUUGAUGAGGAAGUCCUUGGCGCCUCGUCAACCCUUGACAGCAGCGCCACUCAGACCGACUCUGCCGGCAGCACUGCCAGUGAGACUGGCUCCAACACUGCCGUUGAAACUGGCUCUAGCAGCGGUUUCAGCCGCGGCUCCAGCAGCGCAACCACCGGUGCCAGCACCACUGCCACUGCCACACAGACCUCCACUGAGACUUCCUCUUCUACCUCGGAAUCCAGCUCCGAAGCUUCUUCCAGCUCUGCCUCCGCUUCGCCCUCUUCUUCCCAGUCUACUGGCGGUGCCCCCGCCCCUACUGGUGGUGUCGCUAUGGGUGUUGCCGGUGCUGCCGGUAUUCUGGCCCUUGCCCUUGCCCUGUAG